AUGUACAACCUUGCAAGUGACCUGAUCACAGACCGUGUCGAGACCAGUGCCAGUCAUCCCCCAUUAGACCAUGUUGAGACCAGUGCCAGUCUUGCUCCAUUAGACUAUGUUGAGACCAGUGCCAGCCAUCCCCCAUUAGACCAUGUCGAGACCAGUGCCAGUCUUGCUCCAUUAGACUAUGUUGAGACCAGUGCCAGUUAUCCCCCAUUAGACCGUGUCGAGACCAGUGCCAGUCAUCCCCCAUUAGACCAUGUUGAGACCAGUGCCAGUCUUGCUCCAUUAGACUAUGUUGAGACCAGUGACAGUCAUCCCCCAUUAGACCAUGUCAAGUCCAGUGCCAGUCAUCCCCCAUUAGACCAUGUCGAGACCAGUGCCAGUCAUCCCUCAUUAGACCAUGUCGAGACCAGUGCCAGUUAUCCCCCAUUAGACCAUGUUGAGACCAGUGUCAGUCAUGCUCCAUUAGACCAUGUUGAGACCAGUGUCAGUCAUGCUCCAUUAGACCAUGUUGAGACCAGUGCCAGUCAUCCCCCAUUAGACCAUGAUGAGACCAGUGCCAGUCAUCCCCCAUUAGACCAUGUUGAGACCAGUGUCAGUCAUCCCCCAUUAGACCAUGUCGAGACCAGUGUCAGUCAUGCUCCAUUAGACCAUGUUGAGACCAGUGCCAGUCAUCCCCCAUUAGACCAUGUUGAGACCAGUGCCAGUCAUCCCCCAUUAGACCAUGUUGAGACCAGUGCCAGUCAUCCCCCAUUAGACCAUGUUGAGACCAGUGCCAGUCAUCCCCCAUUAGACCGUGUCGAGACCAGUGCCAGUCAUGCUCAAUUAGACCAUGUCGAGACCAGUGCCAGCCAUGUUCCAUUAGACCAUGUUGAAACCAGUUACAGUCACCCCCGAUUAGACCAUGUUGAGACCAGUGCCAGUCAUCCCCCAUUAGACCGUGUUGAGACCAGUGCCAGUCAUUCCCCAUUAGACCGUGUUGAGACCAGUGCAAGUCAUCCCCCAUUAGACCAUGUCGAGACCAGUGCCAGUCAUCCCUCAUUAGACCAUGUCGAGACCAGUGCCAGUCAUCCCUCAUUAGACCAUGUCGAGACCAGUGCCAGUCAUCCCCAAUUAGACCAUCUUGAGACCAGUGCCAGGCAUCCCCCAUUAGGCAAUGUCGAGACCAGUGCCAGGCAUUAA